AUGCAAAAGUCUUCAAAACAACCAUUAAAUAUUAUCUUAAUUGGUGCUCCUGGAAGUGGAAAAGGUACACAAUGUGAAUACUUAAGGCGUGAUCUUCAACUUGCUCAUCUAAGUACUGGGGAUAUGCUUAGAGAAGUAGUUAAAUCAAGUUCAGAAAUAGGCCUUAAAGUUCAAGAAAUAAUGGCUAGAGGAGAACUUGUAGAUGAUGAAAUAGUCUUACAACUAGUAUCUGAUAAAUUUGAUUCUGGUGCUUGUGAAGAAGGUUUUGUGUUAGAUGGUUUCCCACGUACAAUUACUCAAGCAGAAGAUUUGUCUAGACUUCUUAAGUCUUCUGGAAGAUCACUAAAUUAUGUUAUUUACUUUGAAAUAUCAGAUGAAUUACUUAUUGAGAGAGUAUCAGGUAGAUACAUACACCAAGGAUCAGGUAGAGUCUAUCAUAUUAAGUACAAUCCACCAAAAGUUGCCGGUAUAGAUGAUAUUACUGGUGAACCAUUAAUACAAAGAAAGGAUGAUAAUAUAGAGUCUUUAAAGAUUCGUUUAACUGCAUUCCAUGAGCAGACGACACCGUUACUUGAAUAUUAUCAAAAAUUGGGAUUAUUGAAGAUAAUUAAAGCUGGCCUAUCUCCUUCUGAAGUACGGAGUCAAUUAUAUUCAAUCUUAAAUAAAAACUAG